AUGAAUGUGCGCAUUCCAGAGAACAAUGACUUGGUUCAUAUCUGCGACCUUUCCCGCUGCCUCUCAAAUAGGAUCAUCUUUCCAAAUCGACCUCACGGCGUAGUCCGUUACGCCAAGGACGGUUGGAUGUUGUUCCACGAUGACGAUACCCACGCGAUGAAUUUCUACAAUCCUCAAUCGACUGAGGUUGUUGAGCUCCCAAAGAUACUAUCUGAUGAUCUGGUCGAUAUGGCCGCGUUCUCAGCCCCGCCAACGUCGCCAAACUGCACUGUAUUCUUGCUGCUCAUUACCUUCCCGGAUAAUUCUCCCGAUGUCCUUAUUUGGGGUCCGGGCGAUAUGGUGUGGACCAUUGUCGAGUAUAGCAAAAUACAUCGAUCCAUCACAUCCACUUGGGUAAAUGUUGUGGUUCGCAACGGGAGCUUCUACUGUAUAAACAUCGAUGGCUAUACUGGCGAGUUUGAUCCGGUAAAAUGCAGUUGGAGAGCUCUCCCAUACGAGCCCCUUGGAUGCGCUCGAUGUUAG